AAUUAAAAUUAAAUUUCCAACCAAAAAAAAAAAAAUUAAAAUUUCAACCUUCUCUCUAGAAUCUCUUCAAUUUUUUUUCUACAUUUGUGGGUAAAUUCACUAUUCAAGCAUAGUAAAGAAAUUUUUGUGGUGAUGUUUUUUGGCAAAGACUAGAGUGCACAUGGUGCGCAGGAUAAAGGAAGUGUAGGGGGGUGCGUAGUGGUCAUGGCGGCGUAGAUUAGAGAUUGGCACUUCACAUUGCACACUCAAAAGCUAGAAGGAAAAAAAAAAUUAAAGAAAGAAAACAGAGCAAUUUCAAAAAGCUACUCCUUUUUUUGUUUAUUUAGUUUAAUAAACAACACACAAAAAGGAGGCUAAAGAUCAAAACUUGGCUCCAAUUUUGCUGAUUAUUUUUUAACAAAAAAUAAAGGGAAAUUAAAAUUUAAUUCAAGGAGUCGCUUUCUCUUUCUACUUUUUGGGAAUUUUCUCUCUCUUAAAAGGGGUGGGAGGUGAUGGAAUUGAUUGAUUUUCAGAGGAUUGAGCUUCUUCUUGUUGUUGAAGAACUUGCUGUAAGAGAAAGACUCAAACUUUGAGCUCAGUCUUUUUAGAAAAAAAGUUCAUUGCUUUCAUCCAAUUUGUUUACAGCUUCUUCUUCAGAAUCUUGGUUUGCAACUGAAACUACUCUCCUUUUUCAGUUAAUUUGUAGCUUCAAUUUUUAAUUUCUGUUGAGAAAUUGCAGCUGUGUCUUCAUCAAUUCUUCAUCAAUUGAUUCAUAUUUUUUUAACUAACAAUGUCUUCUGAUAUUAGUUAAAUUAUAAGAAUUAUUGAGUUUUGGAGUGAACUUUAGAUCUUUCUGGUGAAUUUAGGUUAUACCCAUUUUUGCAAAUUUGUGUGUAUAAGUUUGAGGAAAGGUGUUUAUACUUUAUAGGGUGAAUUGUGAUAUGGGUAUGAUUAGUUUUGUGAAAUCCUUGUGUUUAUAAGCUGUUAUUUAGUGUAAUUUGAUUAGGAACUGCUACUAGGGUUUGUAUUUAGGGUCUUUCUUUACUCCAAUGGGGAGAGGUUGUUUGUUGCUACCAUCUGUUGGACCGCCAUUAAAGCGGCGAGCAGGGUUAAGGAGGAAACAAGCAGGUAGAGGUUCAUAUAGGGGAAGUUAGAUUAUAGAAUUGAGGAAUUAGGUUGGUUAUUUUGUGUGGGAAAUUGACAUUUUUAACUAACAAAAACCCGAGUUAGCCCGGGUAGCCCGUGUUCUUAGUUUGGGAGGGGGGGUUUUAGAGAGUUUAGAUUUGCUGGUGAGGGCUAAGAUGGCCACUCACUUGCAACAGUUGCUUCGGAGCCUAUGUUGGAAUACCGAAUGGAAUUAUGCCGUAUUUUGGAAGCUCAAACAUCGUGCUCGAAUGGUACUGACUUGGGAAGAUGCUUUUUACAAUAAUCACAUUGAUUCUUCGGAGAGUAAAAGCUUUGGUGAAGCACUUGAAAGCUUGCAUGACGGGCAUGUUGCACAUGACCCUGUUGGUCUGGCCGUGGCAAAGAUGUCUUACCAUGUAUAUUCUCUUGGUGAAGGGAUUGUUGGUCAAGUGGCUGUUACAGGGAAGCAUCGUUGGAUUUUUGCUGGUGAACAAGCAAUGAGUUCCUGCACACCGUUAGAGCUCUGUGAUGGAUGGCAAGCUCAAUUUGCAGCUGGAAUUAAGACAAUUGUUGUCGCGCCUGUUGGUUCACAGGGAGUUGUACAGCUUGGCUCUCUGAAUAAGGUCCAAGAAAAUUUACAGUUGCCGACUCAUAUUAGAUAUUUGUUUUCCUCUCUUCAAGAGUCAGCAUGCCAUAUCCAGACUCCAAAUCUGCAGAAUGUGUUGCAGAUGUCAGGUAUAACACCAGUGAGAAAUUUCGGUCCAGAUGUCGUUCAACUUGAUCUUGAUAAAAUUACACAUAAAGAGAACAUUUCUUCACAUUCUCUUGAUAUUCAAUCUUCCACUAGACACCUUGUUGAUUCUUUUGGGGGCGAGGCAAUGGAAUUGAUGUGGAAAAAUGGACUAAUCCAGUCAAUGUCUGAAAAUCAGCAAUCUACUGAUCUGUUGUUCAAUGACGCGAAUUGUGGAAGUAACAUUUAUAUGACCCAAAACGGAGUUGCAUCCUCACAAAGUUGCCUUACAGAAAAUAGCUCUUUAUAUGAUGUUAAACUUUCUGCUGAAAAGUCCAGAUUUCAAAAACUGGUAGUUGAAAAUAGUUUGGAGAAACAACCAGAAUUCACAUACUCUGCUGGAACUGAGCUGCAUGAAGCUUUGGGACCCGCUUUUCUGAAACAGUGUUACCCUUUUUCAUGGGAAUCUGAAAAUCAAGAAGAAAGACUAGCUUCUCAAAUGCCAGAACCUAUGGAAAGCAGCUUACUUACUACAGAUUCUGGGAAAGAUCAUCUUUUAGAAGCCGUUGUAGCUAAUAUUUGCCAAAAGGAUACCGGUUUUAAGAGUGCAAAUGCAAAGUUACUUUCGACAUCUGAAUCUAUGUUAACAACUGAAAAAAUGCCAGAGCAGUCUAUUAAUACUACAAGCCAUACAAUUGGUUCAUCAUCAUAUUACUCAAUUGGUGGUUCAUCACUUCUAGAGGGAAGUACACAGAACAGCUGCUUGAACUCUUCAGAAUCUUGUAGUAUUAGGUCUUCAACUAGUUCAUACAGAGAUCCGGUAGCGAGGCCCGUUGACCCGGGUAAGGGUAACAAGAAGAGAUCAAGACCUGGUGAAAGUUCUCGGCCUCGGCCUAGAGAUAGGCAGCUUAUUCAAGAUCGGAUUAAAGAGCUCCGAGAGCUCGUGCCUAAUGGAUCAAAGUGUAGCAUUGAUUCACUGCUGGAGCGGACAAUUAAGCAUAUGGUUUUCAUGCAGAGUGUCACUAAGCAUUCUGACAAGCUCAGUAAUUGCGUUAAGUCUAAGGGUUGCAGUAAUGAAACGGGAGUUCUAGGAUCUGGUUAUGAGCAGGGUUCAAGCUGGGCUGUGGAGGUUGGAGGACACAUGAAAAUAUGCCCCGUUGUGGUGGAAAAUCUCAACACGAAUGGACAAAUGCUAAUAGAGAUGUUAUGUGAGGAUUGCAAUCAUUUUCUGGAGAUAGCAGAAGCUAUUAGAAGCUUGGGCCUGACUAUUCUGAAAGGCAUGACCGACAAUCACGGAGAUAAAACGUGGAUGCGUUUUGUAGUUGAGAGUCAGGGCAACAGGAACUUGCAUAGGAUGGAUGUCUUGUGGUCACUUGUCCAGCUACUUCAAUCAAAAACUACUGUCUGAUUCUCUGACGACUGUUGCCAGUUCGAUGUCAGCAACUUCAACGCCGGCUCACUGUCUUUUUGAGGUUCUGUGAGUUGUUUUAUGAUGUUUUUAUAACGAACACGUUACAAAGUAGUUUUAUUUUUUCAUUUUUGUGUGUGCGUUUGUGUGUUUUUUGGGUUUGCUUGCUCCCUUCAAGUAUAAAUAGAGUGUCACAGAAAAGAAACCCUGUAAUUCUGAAGAAACGGGUCUUUUCUGCUUACUUUUUUUGUUGUGGUUUUACCCCCAAGUUAAAAAAAAAUCCUGAAGUUUGAUGAAACUCUUGUUAAUGAAUCUAAAGUAAUAAAGUAUGCAUCUUUUUUCAUCA